UUAACGACGGCGUCCACGUCUGACUGGAAUGAACCUGGAGGGGGGGUCAGGUCCCCUCCGGUUCUGAUUGGUGCUUCACGACACACAAAGACCCCCCCCCCCCCCGACACACAGACACCAGACCAGAAAAGAAUUGGUUACUGUGCAGCAAAUCAUCAACUUACAACACGUUGCCAUGACAACUAAACCAAUUCAGGAUUCUCUGUUUCCUGGAGACUACAGACCUGAAAAGGUGAAUCUUUGCUUCACCUGGAAACAGGAGGGAUUGGCUCCAGCAACCCACCUGACCCCGCCCCUCAGUAAGGACAGACGGGCAGGUUUGUGCACGCCGUGCACUCUCCUCACGACACUAGAACAUGUUUUUGAAGAAAUAAAAACUUUACAGGACUGAAUUCCUGCGUCAACGCUGCGUCUGUGAGCGGCUCUCGUUUCUACGGAGAUUCUUUACGUUUCCGUCAGAAAACAAAACAAUGAAACUAUCUACUAAAAUGAUGUUUUUAUGGAGACAGAAAACUGUCAAAUCUAACGAAACAAAUCUCCAGGUUCUUCUAAAAGACGAGAGACGCACAUGUUUAGGUCUGAUGACGCCUGAACGCACCACUGAGGGGAAGAAUCAAAGUUUGAAUCUGGAAAACAACCUCAAAGGUAAAGCAUGGGGUGGCAGCAUCAUGGUAUGGGGCUCUUUGGAUCCACAGAGAGAUUUGAAGGUAAUUUACAACAAAAAAGACCAAAAAUAUCAGUUCAUCUGCUUUAAAAACGAAUGUUUACCUUUUCCCGUCAGGAUUCUCAGGUGAAUCCAGACGGAUUACAUCGAUCCACAUCCCAUAAGGGGUUCCUGCAUGACAUUCUUGACACGUUUCAGUCAUUUGGGGGGAUUUUUUAAACACUAAUAGAAAUAUUUUGCUGUUUAAAUGUUGUAAACGAUCAAUAAACAUUUUAUUUAUUCUGACACCUAAAUAACAACAGAACAAGUUUCAUUUCUGUCAGUUUUCUGUCAUGUUCGUAUUUUAAAUCUUUUUUAUCUAAACUCCAAACUGCAGCUUCUCUGUUUACAGGCCACAUCAGCGACCACGUGACCGAGGAGAAAGGGCGGGAAGUUCGUGAACGCAUCAUGCGCCGUUCGCGGACCGCCCUGAGCGGACACGUCAGCGGUCACGCGCAGGCUGCGUGCUGGACUGCAUGACAGACUGGGCUCGUGCCGAACCGAGCCCACCUCAUCCCCUCCCCCACCGGGUUCUGUUCUGCCGCGCGCGCGAUGCUCGCUCCGCCGCGCGCGCCGUGAGGACUAGUUGGGUGUAGUUUUGACGCCGCCAUGUCCCGCACCGGUCUGGAGCUGCUCCGGCGGGCGGCCAGCGGAGUCCGGAGCGGCGGGAGCCCGCGUGCAGGCGGCGGAUCCGCGCGGGUGCCGUUCAGCGGACAGACGGAACCUCGAGUCCAUCGGGUCACAGCGACUCGCUUUCACAGAUACUCCACUUUGUGUUCGGGUCCCUGCCUCCUCGCGGGUUCUGGACGGUCUGGUUCCAAAGCGUUUCUCAGGAUCUGGACCGGCGAGCUCCUCCGCGGACCCGGACGGCGCUGGAACCACGGCGGCUCCACAGUGGGUCGGCUGACGCCGGAGGACCUCGAGAAAGCUCGGAAGAAAGCCGAAGUCAAGAAAUAUAAGCAAGUGCUCAGUGACAGCGCGCGGGAGAGGAGGGUUCCCGUCACGCGGAUCGGACGGCUCGUCAACUUCGGGGGUCUGGCGUUCGGACUCGGCAUCGGCGCCAUCGCCGAGGCGGCCAAGAAGAGCUUCAAAAUCAAACAAGAAGGCUCCAAACAGGCGGUUCUGGACUCGAACCCGUUCCUGUCUGAGGCGAACGCUCUGAGGAUUGUUCGCACGCUCUGCAAAGUUCGAGGAGCCGCUCUCAAACUCGGACAGAUGCUCAGCAUCCAGGACGAGGCCUUCAUCAACCCUCAGCUGGCGAAGAUCUUCGAGCGCGUGCGGCAGAGCGCCGACUUCAUGCCCACGAAGCAGAUGAUGAAGGUCAUCAGCGGCGACCUGGGCCCAGACUGGAGGGAGCAGCUGGAGUUCUUCGAGGAGCGUCCGUUCGCGGCGGCGUCCAUCGGUCAGGUGCACUUAGGCCGGCUGAAGGACGGCAGAGAGGUGGCCAUGAAGAUCCAGUAUCCCGGGAUCGCCAAGAGCAUCGAGAGCGACGUGAGGAACAUCAUGACGGCUCUGAGCUUAAGCCACGCCCUGCCCGACGGUCUGUUCCCUGAACAUCUGAUCGGGGUCAUGAGCCGGGAGCUGGCGCUGGAGUGCGAUUACCUCCGGGAGGCGCAGUGUGCCCGCAAGUUCAAGGAGCUGCUGAAGGACCAGACCUUCUUCUACGUCCCCGACGUGAUCGAGGAGCUGAGCGGCAGCCGCGUCCUCACCACCACGCUGGUGCCGGGCUUCCCGCUGGACAAAGCCACGGACCUGUCUCAGGGUCUGCGGAACGAGAUCUGCGAGCAGAUCCUGGUUCUGUGUCUGAGGGAGCUGUUCGAGUUCAGAUUCAUGCAGACCGACCCCAACUGGUCCAACUUCUUCUUCGACCCUCAAACCCACCGGGUCGCUCUGCUGGACUUUGGAGCCACUCGAGGAUUCGACGAGAGCUUCACCGACGCCUACAUCGAG